GGGGUUGACAGCCGAGGGAAGGCCACUCGCCAGUCGGGUCUUUCGAUCGCUUCUCGAAGCUUGCGUUUUGCUGUGUAGCUGAAAUGCUUUGCAGUUGUCAAACGCACAUUUUUUAACGGUAAACCAUUGAACCACGUGUAGCUCGCACGGCGGCCAAACUCACAGUCACGUCCUUACAGUUUCAGCAAUCUCGUUUUUUAGAAAACAUCAUCGAAAUGGAGAUGCCAUCUAUCGUUCAAAGCCAAUCCCGGUUGACUUUUUCUCGAGAAAACCACGAAAAAAGAUUACUCGAGUUGUUGAAUGAGCAGCGAAAAGCGACCAAAUUCUGUGAUGUUUUGCUCGAAGUGGGCGACUCGGAAAUAGCAGCACAUCGGGCCAUCCUUUCAGCAUCAAUCCCAGUCCUUUCUGAACGGUUAAGCGACCGAAAGGAAGGUCUCAAGAUCAAGCUAGAAGGACUACAGCAUAAUGCGGUGAAAGCGAUCGUGGACUACCUGUACACUUCUUGCCUAGAUGUCCCCGCGGACUCGGUCCUGAAUGUUUACCUCGCGGCCCGUUCCUUAGGAAUGAACGAACUCGUCAGCGACCUCGAAGAUUUCAUCAGGAAAGAAAUCCUCCCAACAGAGUGGCUGGCUAUCCGAGUCUUUGCUGUACGUAACGACGUUCAAGAGCUUUUGGCCAUGGUAGAAGAAUUUAUUGCCAAUAAUAUCGAGGAAAUCUUCCAAAAGCAAGCGUUUUUGAAACUCCCCCGCUUACAAGUUGAGCUAACUGCACGACACAGCGAAGAUAGUCCAAGCAUGGAGCCCGGAUCACUCUGUCAACUCGCCGUCCAUUGGGUCUAUUCCCAGCUAAAGGAUGACGACGAAGCCACCACGAGUGCUCUUCUAGAGCACACUCACAUAAUGUACCUGACGGACGAAGGAAAGCUGAAGGAGUGCACUCUUGAAGAUCUGGACACCAACACUUACAAGUUUAUUGCCACAGACGCACAAGCCAAGAAUAUACGGCACAACUCGAUGGAACAACUGACCAAAGCUGAUGUUAAAGAAAACCUUCACAGCGAUGAUGAAGGGGUCUUCAUCAUUGAAAGCAACAACAACAAGAGAAGGAAGGCGACUCCCAGAGAGUCUAUGUUCCGAGUCAUUGCAGCUUUCCAGAGCUCAGAGUGUGACGUGUUUGGGUUUGGCAUAAUCGACAGCAGGCUGGCAGCAAUCUCCAUACACCAGCAGCUCCAGAUGUCAUGCCAUGAUUCUGUGUCCAGCGAGUCGUCUGGUUAUGAUGAAUGGUCCUUGGUUGCCUCAAUGAGCCGAGGUCGCUGUAGUGUUGGCGCAGCUGAAGUGAAUGGCAAGCUCUAUGCAGUAGGAGGGUACGAUCGUGGCCAGUGCCUUGAGACAGUUGCAUACUAUGACAUCCAGACCAACGAGUGGAUGCCUGUUACCAGCCUGCGCAGGCGUCGUGGCCGGCUCCAGGUGGCUAUUCUAGGUGGCAAGAUGUAUGCUGUGGGUGGUUCAGAUGGACAUUCUGAGCUCAACUCCUGCGAGUGUUAUGAUGAGGCAAGUGAUAGCUGGCACAUUGUGGCUCCAAUGAACUACUGUCGCAGCAACUUUGGGAUGGCGACCAUCAACAACCGCAUCUACGUAGUUGGCGGCUACCAGGGUUCUCACAAUCUGAAAACAGCAGAAGUGUACAACCCUGAUUCCAACAAGUGGGUCAUGGUAACGCCCAUGAGCAGUGGGCGUGACAAUCUAAGUGCUGUAGCCCUUGAUGGAAAGAUGUAUGUGCUCGGCGGGUAUAAUGGUUGGGCUUACUUCAACACGGUUGAAUGCUACACCCCUGAAACUGACAGCUGGAGCUUUGUCACUCCAAUGAAAUUUGCUCGUCGUGGUGCCGGCGCAGCUGCAGUGGGCGGGUACCUCUAUGUGAUUGGCGGGUAUGAUGGGACCUCCUUCCUGACCUCGUGUGAGCGAUAUGACCCAUCAACCAAUGAGUGGACUACCAUUGCUGAGAUGAACACCCCUCGCCAUAACGUGGGUGUGGCGGUGGUGAAUGGACUGAUCUUUGCUGUGGGAGGAUUCAACGGCUCUGCUUUCCUGAAAACCAUGGAAUACUAUGAUCCAAAGACCAAUAAGUGGAGCUCCUUUGUGAGCUCCUUCACAUAGUAUUGAACUGACUUAAAGCGUCAUUGUGGACUUGAAGCAACAACAACAUGGACAACAACUAUGGAAGAAAAAGGUUCCUAGUCUAUUUCCAUGUGUUUUAGACAAUGUUUUAAUUGUUCCAAUGCUAGUUUAUGAUUGAGUGAGUGCAAAGUGGGAACUUCCCCUCCCCCCCAGUUGUUGUUGCUUAAUAUACCUCAGAGUCACUGAGUUUAUCAUGUGUGUAUGUCAGUGUAAAAUAUAGUGCCAGGGCAAAGUUUUGGUAGGGAUAGGAGUUUGAAAGCUACAUUACUAUUUUUUUGUCUCAUCUCUCAGGAUUUGUGCUUAUCACCUAUUUAUUAUUUCAAAACCGACUUGGAUUUUUUUCAUAUCGUUUUGCUUUAUACUGCAAUUAUCCCAUUGUUGAACCCAUUUGAUCCUUAUCAGCUUAAACCGAAUUUGUACCCUCAAUACAAAUUUGAAUUAUUUCCUGUGAGCUUGUGUUGACACUUUGACAAAAAAUUUAUCCAAAAUUAAAUUGUGCUUGUAAAGCCAUGGCCAAAUGAAACCCAAGUCGGUGCAAAUCAAAACUUGCGACAACUUGCCUUUCGAUUUGUGCCACAGCUUAAGUCUGUAAUCUAAUUGGGAAAAGUCAGUAUAAGCCAGUAUAAUCUAUUUGUGUUCUAAGAAGUGAGAUAUCCUAUUGUACUAUCCAGCAAGUAAGGCAAUACAUUAGUUUGCAAUAUCACACACUGAAAUGUAUUUUGACAGAAAUGUAUUUAGUGUGAAAGUUUUAUCUUAUUGUUGUAUAUUAUAUAGAUAUUAUUGAGUGAUAUAUAUGACUGUUAAAAAAAAUCUUAGCAGCUUUUUGAGUAGUUUGUUCCUGUCCCAUGGAGGAUUUUCGAAAUUCCCAUUCCUUAAUUCAUUUUACCCACCUGAAUAUCAUCAAUUUUUUAUCAUUUUUCAAAGAAAUGACCAGACUACUGGAUGUCCUAUUUUUCAUCAAUGUUAAUUGCUUAGAAAGCUAAAAAGAUUUUAUUAGAUAAGAGAAUUUAAUGUGGGUUACAAAAGUAAGCUAUGCAAACAUGCCCUAACAACACAGAGACAUUUGGCAACUUUACACAUUUGUAAGCUUCUGGCAUUCUCGAUACAUCUAAGUGUUGAUGGGGAAUGGGUUUUUUUAGUUUCUUUUAUAUGGCGCAAGAUUUGGUUUAUCUGGAAUUAAGUUAUUACUAAGAACAUUAUUGGUUAGAUACUAUAGUGAAGAUAGAUUUAUUUAUUGCAUGGAGUGGCCCCUGGUCCCAUCUUUUGAUAAAACCGAAUGAUUUCAAUAAAAUGUGUGAAUAAAAA